AUGCGUGGUGCCAGUCUGACAUUUCUUGCCGUCGUUGCAGCAGCCAUAGCCGCACCGCUUCCACGCGCCCUGCCAACACCUGUGAGCACCGCAACAGCGAAAACGUAUCUAUCACAGUUGACCGUCGCCGUCGAUUCAAACAGCCCUGCGUAUGCACGUUCGGCAUUCAAGUUAUGGGAUACCAUUUCAGGAAAGUGCGAUACGCGCGAAACUGUUUUAAUUCGCGAUGGUACCAAUGUCGUGACUGACAGUGCGUGCACUGCGACGUCCGGCGACUGGGUCUCUCCAUAUGAUGGCGUCUCCACGACUGUCGCUAGCAGUUUCGACAUUGACCACGUCGUCCCACUCAAGGAGGCAUGGGUUUCAGGGGCGCGAGACUGGACCGCCGCUCAGCGCGAAGCAUUCGCUAAUGACCUCACUCGACCCCAAUUGGUAGCCGUCUCCAGUGGUUCGAACCGAUCGAAAGGCGACAAGGACGUCGCGAAAUGGGUGCCGCCUUUGGCCAGUUUCGUUUGCACAUACGUCCGAGCUUGGGUGACCGUCAAACACAACUACUCGCUCACAAUUGAUAGCGCCGAGAAGACGGCGUUGACCAACUAUCUUGCCAAAUGUUGA